AUGACAUUUCUUGAAGUCCUUAUCUCUGACUCGCCACUGGACCGACUCACUGCAACGACAGUCUCUCUCUCUCUCUCUCUCUCUCUCUCUCUCUCAACGUCACUCUCGUCUAACGCCCAAGACUCCUCAACUCAGCAAAACUCGCGUUCAUAUAGCAAACCGAAUGUUAUAAGCCAGGUUGUUCACGCGCUUAACACGACCGAUUUCUAUCUAUCUAUCUAUCUAUCUAUCUAUCUAUCUAUCUAUCUAUCUAUCUAUCUCAGUAUUUAUUGUCUAUCAAACAAUCAAUCAAUCUAUCUAUCUAUCUAUCUAUCUAUCUAUCUGGCUGACUAUUUUUAUCUAUCUAUCUAUCUAUCUAUCUAUCUAUCUAUCUAUCUAUCUAUCUAUCUAUCUAUACCCGUUUGCUAUCUAUCUAUCUAUCUAUCUAUCUAUCCGUUUGUUAUAUAUAUAUACACGCAUCUAUCUAUCUAUCUAUCUAUCUAUCUAUCUAUCUAUCUACUUUGA